AUGAUACUGUGUUAUAUGCCGCAAUGUAAAAAUCGAUCAGACAGCCAAAAUUUGAAACAACAGAAUAUUCCAAAGGUUACAUUUCAUAGAAAUGGCACUACUCGCAAUUUAUGGAUCGAUAUCUUGGGUCUUGAUCAAACAUCAAUUCCAUCCAGUGCACGCAUUUGUUCUGAUCAUUUUAAAGAAGAAUUUUUUGAUAGA